UAUCGCCAAAUCCGCGCCCUUUUAACGGCCGCACUAGCUACGGUCCUCUUCUAAUCAAGCGCUCCAGUCUCUGUCUCUCUUCUUCCUCCUGUCUUAUUCUCGAUCAAGAAGAGAAACCAAAGGGAUGUCUUCUUCUCCCUCUCAGUUCUUGGAUUCUGGGUCGAAGCAUCACAGCUACUGCCGGAAGCAGAAGUCCUUGGGCGUCUUGUGUUCCAAUUUCGUGAGCUUGUACGAUCGGGAUGGCGUCGAAUUGGUGGGUCUCGAUUACGCUGCAAGGCAGCUUGGCGUCGAGAGGCGGCGGAUCUACGAUAUUGUCAACGUUAUGGAGAGCGUCGGGGUUCUUGCAAGGAAGGCGAAGAAUAAGUACUCUUGGAUAGGGUUUUCGGGGAUCCCAAAGGCAUUGAAGGAACUCAAGGAGGAGGCGCUGAGGGCAAUCUCCGGCUCUGAUGGCCCAUGUGAAAAAGAAGUUCUUGAGGAUGAAGAUGACGACAGUGAAGGCCAGAAUCAUGAUGACGGGGAUGAGAAAUUUAGCAAAAUGGAUAAUGCUUCUUCUUCUUCAGGGAAUCAUAUUAGCAAGGCCCGAUCUGCUACCGACAACAGGAAGGAGAAAUCCUUGGGCCUGCUCACCCGGAACUUCGUGAAGCUUUUUCUAACCUCAGACGUAGACACAAUCUCACUUGAUGAAGCUGCAAGACUACUACUCGGUGAUAUCAGCGACCUAUCUAAUAUGAGAAGUUACAAUGCAGCAAAGGUUCGACGUCUGUAUGACAUAGCAAAUGUGUUGUCCUCCAUGAGUUUAAUCGAGAAGAUACAAGUUGAAGCUAGGAAACCAGCCUUCAGAUGGUUGGGAACAGAAGGCAAGCCUAAGACGGAUACUGGUGGGACAUUUGCUCCUCCCCCAAUUGUAAAGCCGUUGAAUAAGAGAGCAUUUGGAAAUGAGAUCACUAAUGUAGACAUGAAAAGAUCUAGGUUGUGUUGUACAGUGAGUAAGAAGCCUGGCAAGGCACAAAUGAGGAGUGAUGACUUGAAGGAAUGCAAUUUGACAGCACAAAAGCAAUUGAUCACGAAGAGCGGGUAUGUUUUUGGUCCCUUCUGCCCUGCUGGGAUGACAAAAGUGGAUGGUGAUGUUGAGGGAAAAGGUGAGAGAAGUGCACAAGAUUGGGAGAGCUUGGCAUGUUCCUUGCGUCCGCAAUAUCACAACCAAGCACUGAAUGAGCUUUUUACUCAUUACAUGGAAGCAUGGAAAUCGUGGUAUUCUGAACUCGCUCAAGGAAGCUAUAAUUUGUGACAACCAAACUCGAAGAAACUUUCGUGGGCAAGUUUUACGACCCCGCCCCCCCCCUUUUUAUUUUCUUCUUAGAAAAAAGGAAUGCUUACAUGACUGACCCAUAAGUCUGUACAAGUAUUUUUCUUAUCAGAGCACAUCCUUUGUUGUUUGUCGUUGAUCUCUUGUAUUUUCUCAGUACAGGGAGUGAGAGGGCUAUCAUUGAUUUUCAAGAAUUACACAGUUCAUUCUGAUU